CCAUCAGUAGAGGCAGGUACCAAGUGCAGUGGACCCUCUAAGAGAAGGUGGUUUGGGUUUUAUGUCACCGGUGACCACCACUUACUACGGUUCUAUCAAUUUGUGGGUAGCUGCAGCACUUGCAGCGACUGGACUGCACCCACCAUCAAGAACAGCAACCAAGGGCAAGUGCACACUGCUGGACUCCAUAUAUUGCACCAAAGCUUUCCAACAUUAAAUGGUGAAUCUCCCUACACAGUUUCACAUAGAAUGUACACCUCUUCUAACUCCAAUGGCUGCAGAGAAGAAAAUGAUAAAACGGGGGAGAAAGAGAAGGCAAAGUCUGUUGGUCCAAUCAGCAUUUUUCGAUAUGCAGAUGGGCUGGAUGUUUUCUACAUGAUUAUCGGAUCCCUUGGCGCACUCUUAAAUGGCAUCUGCAUUCCCAUAAUGCACAUUGUGUUUGGUGAAAUGACAGACAGCAUCCUGUGUCACAACUCCUCACUAAAUAAUACAUCUGAUUGUGCAAAGUUCAAACCAAUAGAAGAACAGAUGGCAUUGUUUUCCUUGUACUAUGUGGGAAUUGGAGCUGCCGUCUUAAUUUGUGGGUAUGCACAAGUUUCCUUUUGGGUCCUAGCUGCAGCCAGACAGACUCGAAGAAUGAGGAGAACAUUCUUCCACUCAGUAUUAUCUAAAGAUAUCAGCUGGUUUGAUGUCACCAAAUCUGGAGAACUUAACAGUCGUCUGACAGAAGACAUCAAUAAAAUUAACGAUGGAAUCGGAGACAAAGUUGGUCACUUUUUGCAAAAUUUUGCAACUUUUGUAGCAGGACUGGUUAUUGGCUUGGCAAAGGGUUGGCAACUGGCGCUAGUGUACAUGACAACAAGUCCGCUAAUGGCCAUAUCAUCAGCAUUUUGUUCUAAGAUGAUGGUGUCUCUGACAAGCAAGGAGCUCUCAGCUUACGCAAAAGCCGGAGCUGUGGCUGAAGAAGUUCUUUCCUCAAUUCGGACAGUGGUGGCAUUCGGAGGGCAAGAGAAGGAAAUAAAAAGAUACACAAAUAACUUGGGAGAGGCCAAAAAACUUGGUAUCAAAAAAGCCAUUGCGUCUCAGCUUGCCCUCGGCUUUGUGUACCUAAUCGUUUAUGCCUCUUAUGGGCUAGGAUUUUGGUAUGGCACAGUCCUGAUUUUGGGAGACCAAGGAUAUACUAUUGGAGAUGCCCUUGUGGUCUUCUUCAGUGUGGUGAUAAGCAGCUAUUGCAUUGGUCAGGCAUUUUCUCAUCUUGAAGCCUUUUCCAUUGCAAGAGGGGCAGCCUACGGGAUAUUUCAUGUGAUUGAUCAGACAUCUACCAUUGACAGCUUUUCAGAAGAGGGAUACAGACUAGAUAUUGUAAAGGGAAACGUGGAGUUUAAAGAUGUCCACUUUUGUUAUCCUUCUCGGCCGAACGUCCAGGUGUUAAAAGGACUUAAUUUAAAAGUAAAAUCUGGUCAGACGGUGGCACUGGUAGGACAAAGUGGAUGUGGUAAAAGCACCACAGUGCAGCUCCUACAGAGACUGUACGAUCCUCAGGAGGGCACGAUAAUGGUGGAUGGUCAUGAUAUACGAUCUCUGAAUGUCAGACAUUACCGAGAGCUGAUUGGUGUGGUUAGUCAGGAGCCAGUCCUGUUUGGAACAACCAUUAAGAACAACAUCAAAUAUGGACGAGAAGAUGUGACAGACGAAGAAAUAGAGAUAGCGGCUAGAGAAGCCAAUGCCUAUGAAUUCAUUAUGGCACUGCCUGAGAAAUUUGAGACUCUAGUAGGGGAACGAGGAGCACAACUGAGCGGAGGCCAAAAACAAAGGAUAGCAAUAGCCAGAGCCUUAGUACGGAAUCCUAAAAUACUUCUGCUGGACGAAGCCACCUCCGCUCUGGAUACUGAGAGUGAAUCUGUUGUACAAACUGCUCUAGACAAGGCUAGCAAAGGGCGUACUACAAUCGUCAUAGCCCAUCGUCUCAGUACAGUGUGGACAGCAGAUCUAAUUGUUGUGUUAGAAGAUGGCAAUGGAGUUGAGCAAGGAACACAUUCUGAGUUGAUGGAGAAGAAAGGAAUAUACCAUUCUCUGGCAACAGCACAGUUUAUACAAGUAGAAGAUGAGGAAAAAGGAGAAACAACCAAAAAUGGGCCAAACACCUCUCCGUUAAAGUGUGCAGCCACCAAAACAUCUGCCCUGAAACAGUCCAUGGUGGAGGAAAAGGAAGAGGAAGGAAACGAGACCACGGAUGUGGAAGAGAAAGAUCUUCCGAAUAUUUCCUUUGCAAAACUUCUGAAACUAAACCAGUCCGAAUGGCCUUACAUUUUGGUUGGAACCAUUUCAUCAAUGAUUAAUGGGGGGAGUCACCCAGUGUUCUGCAUUUUUUUUGCCAAAAUUAUAGCACUAUUUGCGAUUGAUGAUCCUGAUCAAAUAAAACGUGAAUCUGACUUAUAUUGCAUCAUUUUUGCAAUCAUUGGAUUUAUGUCUUUUUUUACGUAUUUCUUACAGGGCUUCAUGUUUGGACGAUCUGGAGAAGUUCUCACCAUGCGUUUAAGACAGAUGGCAUUUAAAGCAAUGCUCCGUCAGGAUAUGUCAUGGUUUGAUGACAAGAAAAAUAAUACAGGAGCUUUAACAACAAGACUUUCUACAGAGGCUUCCCAAAUACAAACGGCAACAGGCACCAGACUUGGUUUAAUUUCACAAAAUGUGUCUAGUAUGGGACUGUCCCUUAUAAUUGCUUUUGCUUUUGGCUGGGAGAUGUCUCUACUGCUUCUAGCGAUGACUCCAGUUCUUGUGAUCACUGGACUUCUGGAGGUCCGGGCACUUACCGGCUUCGCAAACCGUGAUAAAAAAGAACUCCAGCAAGCAGGAAAGAUUGCAACGGAAGCUGUGGAUAAUAUUAGAACUGUUGUAUCAUUAACAAGAGAGACAACAUUUGAGAAACACUACACGGACAGCUUACAGAAGCCCUACAGAAAUUCACAACGAAAGGCACAGAUAUAUGGCAUCUGCUUUGCGUUCAGUCAGUCUUUCAUCUUUUUUGCCUAUGCAGCAAGUUUCCGCUUUGGAGCAUAUUUAAUUCAAGUGGGAAGGAUGAAUGUAGAAGAAGUGAUGCUUGUAUUUGUCAUUCUGACUUACGGCGCUGUGGCGGUAGGGCAGACAAUGUCCUUUGCUCCUGACUAUGCUAAAGCCAAGUCUGCAGCCUCCCAUCUCUUUGCCUUGUUUGGCAGAGAACCGGUUAUUGACAGCUACAGUUCACUAGGACAGAAACCGGCUAACUGUCAAGGAGAUUUGGAACUGCGUCAAGUUUCCUUCAAUUAUCCAUCUCGUCCGGAUGUGCCUGUGCUACAAGAGCUAUCUGUCAGGAUAUCCAGUGGGCAAACUGUUGCGUUUGUGGGCAGUAGUGGGUGUGGGAAAAGCACCUCUGUCCAGCUGCUGCAAAGGUUCUAUGACCCGUACCAAGGAGCUGUGUUAUUUGAUAACAUUGAUCUAAAGUGCUUGAACGUACAGUGGCUCCGAUCUCGGAUUGGAAUUGUGUCGCAGGAGCCGGUGCUGUUUGACUGCAGCAUUGCUGAGAAUAUCGCCUACGGAGAUAACUCCCGCGAGGUGUCAAUGGAGGAAAUACGUCAGGCAGCAAUAUCGGCCAACAUUCACUCCUUCAUAGAGAGUCUGCCGGAGAAAUAUAACACUCCAGUGGGAGGGAAAGGAACUCAGCUCUCCGGAGGCCAGAAGCAGAGGAUUGCCAUUGCCCGAGCUCUUAUCCGUGUUCCAAAACUAUUACUGCUGGAUGAGGCCACCUCAGCAUUGGACAAUGAAAGUGAAAAGGUUGUACAACAAGCACUAGACCAAGCGAGGAAAGGAAGAACUUGUAUCAUGAUCGCACACAGACUGUCCACAGUACAGAAUGCGGAUCUUAUUGUGGUCAUGAAGAACGGGAGGAUAAUAGAACACGGAACUCAUCAACAGCUUCUAGCAAACCGAGGGGCAUAUUUCCAUCUAGUAAAUGCACAGACUAUAACUUAAAUGAAAGUAAUGCAAAAAGCACUACAAAUACAUAAACUGACAGCAGCUGAAUGUUUAGUACAAUCCCUCGUAUAUCGGGACCAAUGCCAUCAAGCUGAGCUUCAUGUGUAUUAUCUCUUAUUUGAACAUACUAGGGGUGAAGAAGAUCUAAAGCCGCCAGUGUAGCACAACUGCAGCCAAAGAAGCGAUAAACCUACUAAUAAUUAUCAGUGCUGUAUUUAUUCUUUAGCAUGUUACAUAAAUCCUUGUAUACUGUACGUAUUAGAAACAUAGAAGGCAAAUAUUACAAUAUUUUGGUAGAUACUAGGAGGUUUUGUUUCCAUUUUUUUUAUAAUAUUGUAGCUAAGUUAUUUGAAUCUUUCCAUUUGAUAAUCUUUUAAAAAGAUAUAUAUACAGAAAUAGAUAUGUACAUCUCUAUAUAGUAUAAUGGGUUAAACCCCAAUACCACUGCUGCUAAACUAAAGGGCCCCAUACACUUACGCAACAUGUCCGUCUGACAUGUCUCAAGCGAUCACUCAGGCAGUCUCCCGGUGGGGCAGGAUCACCCAAGAUACAUCGUAUGCUGUCCUUUUGCAUCCGAUGUAUCCUGGACGAUCCCAGCCAUGCCUGCGGGGUCGGACAUGAUUGAAUGUGCAGCACAUUCAAUCUGGAGGAUCCGAUCCGAUGCUCACGGGACCGCGCAUCGGAUUGGAAACCCCUCCAAAAUGCCUGAUUUCAUCCGAUAUAUCGGGCCAAAUGCCCAAAAUCGGAUGAAAUCGGGCAUUAUCAUCCUAGUGUAUGGGGCCCUUAAGAUGCCACUCUAUACACCAAAAACAGAACACGUGAUCAGUUGUUACAUAUUAUCUUUGGCAAUAAAAGAGUUGCUUCUACGCA